UGUUUUUAUUUUGCAAUGGGAGACGGCUGGCGUGCGUGGCAAAGCCGGGGCUGAGCCGGGGAGGGGGGGGGCUUUGGCCGGCAAAGGGGGACCCUCCCCUGGAGAAGCCCCGGGAGUGGCGAGGGAAAAGGCAGGAUUUAUUAACCCUUGGGGGUUUGGAGGAAAAUACAGAGUUGUGAUUCCCCCACCCCAUCGAGAUGCACUUUCUACAGUUUUAACCCAGCUUUCCGCAAGAAGAGGAAUUCCCCCCCCCGCGCGCGCCUUUCUUGGGGAAGGAAGCGCCUGUCAUGGCAGAGGACAAUGACCUCGGUGCGAAAAUCGUGGAAAAUGGGAGCGACGCAUUGGAGGCAGAUGUGGAGAGCGCCGCCGCCGAGCCAAGCACCUUGCUGCAGAAACUGAAGAGCACAAUCUCGAAAUCAGUCCAGAGUAAAGUCGACUGCAUACUGCAAGAUGUCCAGAGGUUUUCCGAUCCUGCUAAACUUUAUCUCUACCUCCAGCUGCCUUCAGGCCCAAGUUCAGGAGAAAAAAGUCUGGAUCUUGCCUCCUUGAGCUCCGCCGAGCACAUGCAUGCUUGCACUUGGAUCCAGAACCACCUCGAGGAGUACCCGGACACCUGUCUGCCGAAACAAGAUGUGUACGAUGCUUACAAGCGGUACUGUGAUAAUCUUUGUAGCCGCUCUCUGAGCGCAGCGAAUUUUGGCAAGAUCAUCAGGGAGAUCUUUCCGAACAUCAAAGCAAGAAGACUGGGCGGACGUGGACAUUCAAAAUAUUGCUACAGUGGGAUACGGAGAAAGACGGUGGUCAACAUGCCGCCUCUUCCCAGCCUGGAUCUGAAAGAAACGGAGACUCCGGAGCGGACGGAGGUGGUUCAGUCCUACAACGACGAAGUGAUGGACGCAGCCUGCGCCUUGACCUGCGACUGGGCUGAAAAGAUCCUGAAGCGGUCCUUCAACAACAUCGUGGAGGUGGCCCAGUUCCUCAUCCAGCAGCACAUCAUCAGCUCCCGCUCGGCCCAUGCUGACCUUGUCAUGGCCAUGGUGAUCUCAGAAAAUGCAGAAAGCCACAGGGAAAAGCGGCCUGCUCCAAAUGUGAAGAAGAAUGAGCCGGAAGCCCCAGAGAAUGCAGCCAAAACCCAGCCACAGAUGAAAGCAGAAAACAACUCCAAGCCCUCGCCUGCCCCUCGCAGGAGUGAAGUGAAGAAGCCAGUGGAGGUUUCCACCAAGCCGGCCAGUAGCCCGCAAGUCAACGCUCUGGUGGCCCGCCUGCCGCUGCUUUUGCCCCGUGUCCGCGUCCAGCCUGGGGACAGAUUGGUGGUGUCCCCGGCGGCCGUACAUGCGUCCCCGCCUGUGUUGGCGCCCAAGCUCACGACGACGCCUGUGGGGGGCAUGGUUAAAAUGGCUCUCUCUGUGGGCCCGCCGCCCUCCUCGACCCUGCUGGCCCCAGCCGUGAACGGGCCCCCCGGUCUGGUCGGCCCACAGGGGGCCGUGCCGGUCAUCAACAUGAUGCCGGUCAUCAAUGUGGCGGUGCCUCCUCCUCCUCCUCCUCCCCCCCUCCCGGAGAUCCCACCCAAGCCCAAGAGCGACCCCAGUGGCGGAGGGAGGCGAGGCGGCCGGAGCCCCUGCGAGCCGCCGAAAGCCAGUCCUCCCACCAAGAGACCCGCAGAUGCGCCGGGAGAGGUGGUAGCCGUGAAGAGAAAACGCGGGCGGCCCCGGAAGAAGGCGGAGGAGCCCGAGGCCUCCUUGCCAGACAAGGACGCUGACAAAGAGCAGCCACCCGGUGCCAAGGAAAUCUCGAGUGUCAUUGCUAUCAUUGAAGCUCAUACCGCAUCCCUGUCUUCUUCCAGCCAGAAGGGGCAAGGAGAAAGCCCCAAAGGGGAGCUGCCCCGCGAGGGAGCAGCCAAAGGACAACCCGCCAAGGUCACCCCUGGGGAGAGCCUGCCUCCGACCGGCCCCUUCGUGGCGAGUCCUCCUGCCAAGCCUGUUGUCUUGCCCUCCCAGGUGAGUGUCAUCAAAGGCUGGCAGCCCACCCCUCCUCCAGCCCUGGUCAGGGAGCCUGGACGCGGCUCCCAGGAGCAGCCCCUGCAAGCAGCCGGAAGGGUGCCGGCGCCAGGAGGCGCUGCUCGGACCGCCACCGCCAGGGACUCCGAGAAACUGGAGAAAUACAGCUUGCUGGAUCCAGAGCUGCAGCCCACGGAUCUUUCCAUGGGCAAGGGACGGCCGGCUUCCUCCAAAGGUCGCCCGGGUGUCUCCAGCCUGCCAGCAUCCUCAGUGCGUUUGCACCAGGAAAAAUCGGGGGAGGCUGCAAGUCCCCCAGCGGCAUCAACACAGGCCCCGAAUCGGUAGCCAUCCACCUACCCUUCCAGUCCUCCUCCUCCCCCCCAACCCCCCAAUGUGUGUAUCUCAAUGCCAGGCCUUCCUAUUCAGAGGCAUUCCAAGGCCGCCUGCUUUUCCAAAUUCAAUGCACGCAUAUAGAAAGAAAAUAAUUGAAGACAUGAGCUUGCCAGCCCUUUUGUUCCCCACCCCCCUGUACGUCAGUCUCCCCAGUCUUGUAAGGUGAUGCCCUUGAGAAGCUGCUUGGCAUGCGCCACCCAGCCUCACUCAUCAUCAUAUCAAAAUCUCCCCCACCCCUUCCCUUGCUGAAAAGUUGGAAGUGGGCCCUGAUGUUUUUAGCAUUAGUUAUGCCUGCCCCUCCCUGAUGCAGAACGUUAAAGCGAAACAUCCCAGGCAGUGAGAUUGCGCAGUAGAUCAGGAGCGCUUUCUGAAAUGGGGAGUAAAACAGCUCAUAUCUUUGGCAAGGAGGUUAUUGUGACCCUCGUCUUGGUACCCAAAAUACACGCCCUGAGACACACACCCCUGGUUCACUGCAGCCGACGUGCACUUUCAGGGCCAGGGGUGGGGCAAAAGAAAGUGUUCUCCACAUUUUGAAAUUCAAGGUGAAAAUUUCAGGUUCUCGGGGUGGGGGGAGAGAGUGUUGUGUUUUACAUGGAAAUUUCCCUGCCCCCAUGCUCUGAUGUUUAGUGACAAUCAUCUCCCAGCCAGCAUCCCAAAGACUUUUACUUUUCUUAUUGCUAGCGCUUCCACUGACGUUAAUGCGAUGUUUAAAAAUGGGGUUGCCCUAGCUCACCCAUUCACUUGUUUUGAAAAAAAAAAUUCCUCGCCCCCUUUCCUCUUGUUAAUGUUUUCCUUUCCCCUUUGUUGGUUUGGCUAUAAAAAUGCUGAAUAAACAUACGCACAGUUUUUU